CGACCCAGUUUUUCAUAUACUAUGAGAAUUAUCAUAUUCUUAUAGUAUUAUCAUAUACUCAUCGUCUGAUCGAGCGUUGCCGAGGCAGUAAACAGCGGCCUCAACGUAUACCAAAAGAAUAUUACCCGCUUGAAGUAGAAAAAAACACGGUGAUUGUGGUAAUAUUCAAAUUGACGAGAAGAUUUCACUAUAAGUAUGAGGCUGGAGGCGACGAAACCAUUAGAGGUAAUUGUUCUAAAAGGCGGGAUUUCUUUGGAGAGAAACAUUUCGUUAGCUUCUGGAGGUGCAGUUGCAGAAGCUUUGCGGAAAAGUGGACAUCAAGUACGGGAAAUUGAUAUCGUUGAGGGAUGCUUGCCAAACGAUAUGGGAACAGCUGAUGUCGUAUUUCCUGUAUUGCAUGGAGAUUUUGGCGAAGACGGCAAAUUGCAGGCUUUAUUAGAUGAAGCGGGCUAUAAGUACGUUGGAACUGGCGCUCAGGCGAGUGCUGUUACUAUAGACAAGUAUGAGACGGUAUGUUUACUCCGUAACAAGGGCAUAGAUGUUGCCGCAUCUCAAGUAUUGAAAUCCGUUGAUCAAGCAUUGUCGACGAUUCAUAAAUUUCCUGUAAUUGUAAAGCCGAAUAGUCAAGGUUCAAGUUUUGGAAUGAGUAUUGUCGAAGAGGAAGCCGAGCUGGGUGUCGCUAUACGAAAGGCAUUUACAGCGGACGAGAAAGUUCUGGUAGAAGAGUUCAUUUGUGGCUCAGAGACGAGUGUUGGACUUCUCUUCGGCAAAGCUUUGCCAGUGGUUGAAAUUGUCACCCCUGAGGGUUUUUAUGAUUACGAUGCCAAAUAUGUCUUCUCAAAAGGCAAGACAAUUUAUAAUUGUCCUCCCCAGAAUAUACCGCGUUUUGUUCAAGAGCGUAUGCAGGCAAUUGCAGAAACAUGUUAUACAGUCACCGGGGCCAGAGAUCUGCUGAGGGUUGAUAUGAUUUGGCAGCAAGAGUCAGAUCGGAUUGUUGUACUGGAGGUUAACACAAUGCCCGGCUUCACGUCGAGUAGUCUAUUGCCGAAAUCAGCUGCUCAAGUGAAUGUGGGGUUUAAUGAGCUCUGUCAUAAGCUAGCCGUGGCCGCUUUUAAAAGGUCAUAAUAUUAGGUGAACUGUAGACUUGUUACGGAGAGAAGUCAGCAGUGCUAUUCAUCAUCUUUGCGAGACAGCAUUUCAGGUACUGAUAGUAAUUGAACUACCGGGUCCCCUUCUGUAGCAAUUCCCCAAGUAAUCAACUAGUCUGAUUAGUAGUCUGAAAAUAAAGGCGUGCAGGAUGUAAAUUCUUCAAGCAUGAACCUAGA